AUCUCGCAGCUACGAAGCAUCAUAAUUGGUGGAGUGUAAGAUAACUAUUUCCCCACUGAGGAAGCCGUCGAUUCUCGAGUCCUUAACUUCAUUUGACGUCGAAUGGCGACAGAACGACGGCCAGCAGUUCGCACUAAACGAAACAGUGAGAGUUAAGAAUAAACGAUUCGCUGAUGGCGAACACGUUGUGAGAUGGGUGGUGUCAAAUCCUGAGGUUGAAGCAGUUAAGUCUGUGUGGUGCAACGUGAAUAUUGUCUGGUGCAGCUCACAGAACAAGUAAGCACGCGAACGAGCAGGCAGUUUAUUUCGCGACGCGGCACGACGCCUGAAUUAUGUGAGUGUUGGACGUUUCCGUUGCGAAUCGCGAGGUGCAGUCGUGUCGCGGUCGCCUGUCACUCCUGAAUAAUGUUCCAUCACGAGUACGAGAAGCGGCUGUGCGUGAAAAUCACAGCGGAUAGCUCAGGAGCGACGGGUGGUGGUGGUGCUGUGUCUGCCACCGCCUACUCGUCUGUCUAUUUCUCGCCUACGAAGACAUCAGCGGGCAACAACAGCUAUGACCGUUUCAUACCGACUCGGUCGGGCAACAACUGGCAGACCACGUUCUCUAUGAUCAGCGAGAACGGCCGCGGCGGCUUGGUGGCGAAGAAGACGAGGGAGAACGGCGAGAGCAGUCGCGAUGGUAUCGCUUACUCUUGCCUGCUGAAAAACGAGCUGUUGGGUGCGAGUAUCGAGGACGUCAAGGGUCAGUGUGAGGAACGUCGGGUAUUGUCGCCGUUGGUGACGAGAAAUCUCUUCAAGUAUACUACACCCACCAAGGAUCGCACUCUGUUGGAUCAGAGUUCACCUUACUCUUUGUCACCACUCAGUGCAAAAAGCCAGAAACUACUAAGGUCACCCAGGAAAGCCACUAGGAAGAUCUCAAGAAUACCUUUUAAAGUACUUGAUGCACCAGAGUUGCAGGAUGACUUUUACCUGAAUCUGGUUGACUGGUCCUCUCAGAAUGUCCUCAGUGUUGGUCUAGGCAGCUGUGUUUACCUUUGGUCGGCAUGCACCAGCCAAGUAACACGACUGUGCGACCUGUCUAGUGAUGGAAACAGUGUCACAUCUGUUGCGUGGAACGAGAGGGGUAAUCUGGUAGCAGUAGGUACACACAUGGGCUACAUCCAGGUGUGGGAUGUGGGAGUGAACAAGCAGGUGAGCAAGUUGCAGGGUCACAGCGCCCGGGUAGGCGCUCUCGCCUGGAAUGGCGAGGUACUUUCGUCUGGCAGCAGGGAUCGGUUGAUACUGCAGAGGGAUGUGAGGACGCCGUGCGUGGUCGGCGAACGACGACUCGGCGCUCACCGACAGGAAGUGUGCGGCCUCAAAUGGUCGCCAGAUAAUCAGUACCUCGCGUCUGGCGGCAAUGACAAUCGACUAUAUGUGUGGAAUCUGCACUCCCUCUCACCCAUCCAGACCUACACUGAACAUUUGGCGGCGGUGAAGGCUAUCGCCUGGUCACCUCAUCACCAUGGAUUACUAGCUUCCGGCGGUGGCACCGCCGACCGUUGUAUUCGUUUCUGGAACACACUAACUGGCCAGCCGAUGCAAUCGGUCGACACGGGCUCGCAGGUGUGCAACCUCGCGUGGAGUAAACACAGCUCCGAGUUGGUCAGUACGCACGGCUACUCGCAGAACCAGAUCCUCGUGUGGAAGUACCCGAGCCUCACUCAAGUCGCCAAGCUCACCGGCCAUUCGUAUCGCGUGCUGUACUUGGCGAUGUCUCCGGAUGGCGAGGCGAUCGUCACCGGCGCCGGAGACGAGACCUUGCGCUUCUGGAACGUCUUCAGCAAGGCGCGCAGCCAGAAGGAGAACAAGUCUGUACUGAAUCUGUUCACGAGCAUCCGAUAAACGUAUCGUGACGGACGUAAGGAAGGAGCAUCGGAUGCCAAGGCGCCGUGCUGGAAACGUCAGCGUCGUAUUAUUUUAUUAUGUAUUUGUACAUAUAUACACAUAGACAUAUAUAUAUAUAUAUAUACACACAUCGCCUCGGAUACACGAUCAUGGUAUUCUAAAGGAAUUAUAAUACGCAUAUACAUGUGUAAGAGGGAAGAAACUAUAUAUAUAUAUGAAAAGUACAUAUGAACAUUGUAAAAGAUAUAAUCUAGAAAUAGAGAGGAAGGAUAUUUGGAGCUGUAUAGAAAUAUAAAAACUUAUGCGAUUCGCAAUGUGUAGGAUAAGUUUGCGAAUGCUUCAUAACAGCCUGCAAUACACGUCGAGUACUUGUCUUGUGUGCAAUAUUCAUCCACAUUAUUUCACUGCAGAGACUUGGGGACGAGAGGCAGAAAGCGUAUGAGGAAAAGAGGAGAUUGCCUAUCCGCGUUUGUCGCGCAAGUUAGAUGCUCUUUGUAUUUUUUAUGCACUUUAUAUACACUCAUUUUAUGUGUCGCCACGCUGUUCGUAAAUGAUGUCAGUGAAUGAAGAGAUCGUGAAUGAUGUCAGCACAGGGUGUCCUGAAAACCGUAGUCUUAACUUCAAUUACACGCUCGACGUCGGUUUUUCUUCGGUUGGACGGUUCGUAUAGUUCAAAUUUUCGAGCUUUAAUUAGAGAGACGUGUGUGUGUGUGUGUAGAGAAUAUCGAGAAAUUUCCGUUCUCCAGAACCUCUCCACUGGGAAAAGUCGACGCUGAAUUCGCCGAGAAAAUUAAGCAAUUGAAGUUGAGAUUGUGCGUUCCGUGACAACUUGCACUGCGCGCUUGCGUUUUCAUAUUCUAUUUUGCACAUAUACGCAUAUAUUUGGCAUAUAUAUAUAUAUAUAUAUACACACACACGAACUAUACUUUGCUGCUACUUUAUAUAUUGAUCAAGAGUUUAUUAUAACAAGGUAUAUUUGUAGAAUUCCUAUGAAAUCUCGUAGUCACGCUUCUCUUCCGAGUGCGCGUACCGGUCAUUGUGUCUCAGUAAUUUCUCAGAGUACGCGCUAUCAAAAAUAUUUGCAGGCUGAUCAGUCAGACACGAACAAAAAAGUGAAAGAUUAGGGAGCGAAAAGUCUACGCCUAGAUCCAGUUCUGCAUCUGGAGAGAAGCUUGGAUCCUAGAUUGCUUUACAAUUUUUUUUAUAUAUUAUUUACAAUCUCGAUGCGUUAUCAGUGUGCGUAGAGCAAAUUCAAAAUAUAUACGAAUCAGAGAUUUUGUGUUACACUCAAAUACGACUAACGCCAAUUAUAUAGUUCGCUACCGGCAAGUUGUACAAAUUUAAUUUGAAACAGGACUUAGAAAUUAUAACGUCUACUAAUUUAUAUUAUUAAUGAAAGAGAAAGAAAAGGACAUAUAUAUAUAUAUAAAUAAUAUAUUGUGUAUACUUUUCGUGUAUGUUAUUCGCGGAGCGAAAUUUGAGAGGAAUCGACGAGAAAGAAAGUUAUACGCGAUAUUCAGGAUCCGCGUGUAGCUUGCGGACGUAAUUAACAUAAUCUAUUUUUCUGCGUUGUCGUAAAUCAUACGUUUACACGCGCAAACGCGUGUAACAAAACGACUAGUAGAAAGAAAAACGAUAAAAAGUUGUAUGUAUCGAAGUUGAGGGAUCGUAAUCCCCUCGCAAGGUUCAUGAGUCGUAUCGUCUACCAAGUACGAGUGCGAUAAUAAUGGCAAUUAUUCUGCCGUGUUAUACGUGUUAUUGCGCAAUUGUCACGAUAUAUAUUUUUAUACAAUUGCCCUUGUUGCCGUUCAGAGGGACGCACACUUGCGAUUCACCAGGCGGAAGCAGUGAAGACACGUGCCGGAUGUAGGGCCGGAAGUAAAGCGAAAUGCAAAUCACAGCAGUAUAAUUCUAUAUGCGCACCGCAUUCUGUAUACGCUAGAAUGCACGCGAGCUUCUUACGGUGAACCAACCGUACGCGUAAAGAUGUGCUUUCACGCAAUUUGGUUUUACGCGACACGAUCUAUAAUAUCGUAACGUAUAAUUCAAUUGGAAUGAAACACAUUUUGUUCUCUAAGGAAUACGAAAGAAAAUACAUAUGUGUGCAUAUAUGUUAUGUGUGAAGGAAUGUGAGUUUGAAUGUGUGUAUACAGCCGUAGACAAUAUCAGUUCUAUUAAAUGUAAAUGAAAAAAGAAUGUGUAAAAGAUUGAAAGAAGAGAUGUAUCGUGUGUACAGUGAUCGGCAUAAUAGCCUUGGGCAUGGUUGCCUUUCGAUUAUUAAGAUUUUUUAAUUGUAUACAAUGUUGAUUUAUUAUUUAUUGAUUAUUAAUAGUAGAAGAAGCGAUCUUGUCAAAGCAGUACACUUGUCGCAGCGGUAGCUUUAUAUUAAUGUUUAGAAAGGAAUUUGUACGAUUAGAAAAUAUUAAUAACUUUGUACUGAAUAUUAUUAAAGCUAUCAUGCCGGUCUGUUUGAAAAUGAGACAACUAAGUGGUGAGUGCAUUUAAUUCUAGAUGCAUACGUGAUGUAUAAUUGCAAAGCGCGAUAAAUAUCGGAGUAAAACGAAAAAGCUGUCAACAAUGCUAAUGUAUGCAAAUUAGACACCAGCUAGUCAAGUCGUAGAUAUUUAAUCAUGACAAGUAUCGUUGCAAGCUUCUUCGAAACUCGGUAAAUCCGCUUCUAGGUAUCUCUUGCAGUUAAUUAUUUAUAAAUAUUCGCGCCGAUGGCAUCACUGAUUGCGUCUGAUAGAAAUGAUAUUGUUUGCGGUUUUAAUGUGUACGCGAAAUGUGUCGCAACUAGAGUAUCUUGUGUUCCUAUAAAAGAUGCACUUGUUUGCGUGAAUUUACGUGAAGUCUGCAAUAUAUACCGAAUGUGUGUCUAUACAUCAACAUGGAAAUUGAUUUAAAUUUACGCUACAUUAUUGCAGAUGCAACGAUAUAUGUCAUAUAUGACAUCGAUUGCGAUUCAAUCGAUGUUCAAUUCAUAUCGCGUGUAGAAAAUAUAUGAUGAGCUAUAUAUUGUUUUUUGGCAGUUAUCAAAAUCAGUAAUCGCGCAAUUGAUUUUCAAGUCAUCCCAAUUUAUUGCGUGUAACGUUCGUAAGAAAUAUUCUGUCAAUGGUUGUUUUACAUUAUUUCUUACGAGUCACGGAAAUAAAAAGAAAAUACAAUUGUCGCUAAUUAUCGUAGAAAUCGACGUUAAUUAUCAAAUUAGAAUAUACCAUGAUGUAAGAUAUUUAGCCAGUCAGUUUUGUAUCCGUCAUUAACUUGAUGACAAUUUCAAGCGAGUUCUGUCGUACAAUGUCAUAUAUAAUCAUACAUUUGUAUACAAUCUAAUUAUAAUUUAUGUCUUUCUGAAAUGAUAUAUAUUUCUGCAAAUUAAAAACGAAAUUAUAUACUAAUAUAUAUGAAACUUAAUAAUACUUUCAAAAAUUUGGCUAUUAUGUAGUUGUUAUGUAACUGUUUCAAAGUCACACAUAGUAAACAAAUAUUAGUGUUAGGACAUAUUAGGAAAAUAUUUAGUAAACUUAAUAAUUAUAUUUCCGUAUUAUGGGGUAAAUA